GUAUGAAAAUCUAUUAUAUUGAACCACAUUUUCAGCUGAAGACUCUGUCUCCCAGAGCAGAGGCAAUCAUUAUUUUCUUCUGGAAAACAGCAUCAGUUCAAAAUCACGUUUUUGAGCAUUUCUCAUCAUACGGACAACACGUUUUGUUGUGCUAUUUAAAAAAAGCUCAAGGUCUCCAGGACCCCAGGACCCCAAGCACGGCCUGAGGGUUAAGUAUAAAUGGUGCUGACGAUUCAUGUAGUGACAAUCAUAUAUUAACCCACUCACCCAUACUCGUCUUAAAAUCACUGCUGAGGGAAUAAUAUUGAAGGCUUACUUGGGGCUCCAAGAGGCCACAAAUCAUAUAUGACUCAUUGCUUUAACACUUCAAAGACAGAUUCCUCUUCUAUAAAUAAACCAUCAUACAUUUAAUGGCCAGUUACAUUUUCCUUUAUGCAACUUGGUUUUCGCACUUGUUGAAAAGAGAUUGCACUCUCAAUGGCAAUCAGUCUGUCCUUUCUCUGCGACUACAUAUCCAACCCAUUCUCCAGGUUUCCAAGAAAGAGCUUGUGUGUGGGCUGUCCCUUCUGAGAGUCCUUGGUUUGUGAAAAGGAUGCUUCAAUGGAGAAAAUUGUGUUGAGUAUGUUCGAGGUUACUGCAGCGAAUUGUUAGUGUGCAUCUUACCACUUUUCAGGCGACGUGUUGUGUGUCAGUCAUCCUGUGCCCCAUGUUUAUACACUUCUGAAUUUAAGUGUAUAUCUGUCAAUUAAAACGCAACCAUUCAUGUUCCCCGUCAACAAACAAAAAUAAACUCAUGACUUCUGCACUGAGGAUUAAUGCUCAUUUUGAAUGUCUUCAUCCAGUGGGAACAUUUGCCGAUGGUGCUGCUGAGGACUCAUCUCUGUGAAUCACAGAGCAGAGAGCGAGAAUGGGUCCAAUGUGAACAAGUCGUGAUCGCUGCAGGAACCUUUAGGGAUCGUAUUCAAGUAUUGCUUAUUCCAGUUUCAUGAACAACAACAACCCCGAAAGCACAGCUCGUGCGAUGUCAAUUGCAAAGAGCCUCUUUAUGCUUCUAUAAAAGGAGUGCACUCUGGAUGAGGCUCUAUGACGCAGGCUCUGGUGCUCGGUGUGGGUGCAUAAAAGAGGACACUGCGCUUUGUGUCAGCACACAGAUGGAGAAGCAACUGGGUUGGUGAGACUUCGACAUCCUCCCGUUGCUUGAACAUAAGGAGAUGAACACAAUUGAGAAGUUUUACCUUCCCAUUGAUGGCAUCCUCGAAAUGUUCAGUUCUCUCACCGAGCAUCACCGUCACAGUGCCGCCCUCACUCCAGUGCUCCAGCACCCCAAGGUCUCAAACUUAUCCAAGAGAGGCAUGCGCAUCAUCAAGACGAUGAAAGGAUACUGGAGACAACAGGAUAGGAGAGUGGCACUGAGUAGAUCCUCAAGCUCUGGCAACCGGCCAGUGUCAGCGGAUCGACUCCCCAAAAGGUCCAUGGAUCUGUUGGAGCUGGGUCUGACCAAGCCCAGGAACUGUCGCAGACUAGUUGUGCUUGGCUCACCCAGAGUGGGUAAAACCAACAUCCUCCACCGGUUCCUGGGGAAAGAAUUUGAAGAGCAAUAUGAACCCACGACCGAGGACUUCCACAGGAAGCUGUUCCACAUUGGAGGAGAGGCCUACCAGGUUGAUCUGCUGGACGCCUCAAGUGAGAGGGACUUUGCUGCGAAACGGAGGCUAUCCAUACUGACAGGUGACAUCUUCCUGGUCGUCUUCAGUUUGGAUGACAAAGACUCUUUCGCUGAAGCCUGCGAGCUGCUGAACGAAAUCAAAGCUGCCAAGGCAAAAUUGCUGAAAUUAAAAAAUCCCGGGAAGGUGCCGGCAGUUGUGUGCGGGAACAAAGCGGACCUGGAGGCGCAGAGAGCCGUGAGCCGCUCGGAGGUGGCACGAAUCCUCGGCGAAGAGGAGGUGCCGCUCUUCGAGACAUCGGCCAAAGACGGCUCAGGACUGGAGACCAUGUUCAAAGCCAUCGCCACCUUGGGGGGGCUCCCCGACGAGAUCGGGCCGUCUCGGCAUCAGACCGUAUCCGUCCUCACCUUCCAGUCGGUGUGCCGCGGCCACCAGCGGGGCCGGAGUGGGAUCCGGACGCGGGGAGUGGGUGCGCCCUGCGCCGCCGUGGACCCUCUGGCGCAACGGCCGAGCUUCACCAGCGACCUGAGGCUGGUGCUUGGAUCAAGCACCAAACACAACAAACCAGAGAAGUGUCCGAUUCAAUGAAUUGUGAAGCUUCUCGAAACACCAAUUGUAGUAGUAUGCUGCAAUGUCAUAUCAUGUAAGGAGUUAUACUCUUAUAGCACUUGGCUGGACCGGUGCGUUCAUAUUUUGUAUAUGUAACCUGUAGACAAAUGACAACUGUAUUAUUA